AGGAUACAGGGACACGGCUCAGAGCUGGUCACAUCCGUGUGGCACAGGGGAGCUGAGCCUCCCGGGGAGCCAGAGGCCACGGAGGGGUCUGACCCUACCCCAUCCUCACGGGGCGCAAUGGCACCGGGGAGAAGGGACACGAGCCACGUUCAGGGGACAGCGGGGACAUGCGCAGCCACCCAGGCUGCCCUCUGCAAGGCCACAGCCGGGCACAGGCAGCUGGUGCUGCAGCUGGGGGGCAGCGCCGACGGCCCCCGGCUGCGGGAGGAACGGAGCAGGAGGAGUGCGGAGGUUCGGGAGCUCAGCGCCGGGCUGUGCCAGGCGCUGCGGGGGGGGCUGCAGCAGGCAGCGGCGUCCUCCGAGGAGCGGCGGGAGCUGGAGCGGCUCUGGGUGCUCUUCCUUUCCGCCCUGGAGCUCUUCCUGCAGGACCUUUGCCGAGCCCACCACCUCUGCCACCUCUUCUCCAGACAGGGGGGUGGCAUGACCCCACUGCGCACCGGGCUGGGGGGCAGGCGAGGGGGUGUCCCUGUGCAGCCCCCAGCCACCUCUCGGCUGGAGGAGGAGAUUGAGCAGGUGAGGGCCACGCUGGUGGAGAUGGAAAGUGGGGCCAACAUCCCACUGUGGGCAGUGGAGGCCACCCAGCCCGCAGGGAUGGGCAGCACCACAGCAGGGGUGACUCGGGGGGGGAGCAGCACCAGGCACUGCUGCAGGAUGCUGUGAGGAGGGGUCAGGGAAGAGGCAGCAGGGCUGGCACCCCCCUGUUCCCACUCAGGCACCAGGGGAUGGGAUCCUGUGUACGCCCUGUCGAGGCAAGCAAUGCUGGGGGCUGAGCCCGCCCUCUGGAGGGAACAGGACUAUCCAGGCACCCCCAUUGCCCCGUGGCGUGGGGGUAUCUCCCUUCCUGCCCACUCACAGAGGGACUUGUGGUCCUUCAGUCCAGGCUGACCAAGAAACUGCCUCCAAGCACUCAUGGGGUGCUGA